UACCAAUAACCAAUCCCCUUAGCUACAGAUAAGAACAACCCCCUCCCCCCUCCCUCUCCCAUUGUUCCCUCUCUAGUCUCUCCCCUGUUCAUCUCCCUCUAAUGUCCUCCACUUUCUCUGUCUGAACAACUAUGGCGAUCCUCUCAGUUCCUUCUUCAAGACUCUUUACUUCUACAGUUACAGUGCCGAAGAUUGCAAAUGUAUCUUCUUCUCCGUCUCCGGCGACGGCUUCUUGUUCCACCACCAAGGUCGAGUCGAUUGCCGUGAAGCACUGCCGCAGAUGCCGCUUCGCGGUUUUCUGCUCCUCCAAGGCGAGAAGUAUGGCGGAAAUGCUCGUGGAGAAGAGCGCUUCCAGUACCGCCGCCGCGGCUGCUUCUUCUGUGUCCCAUUCCGGUAACCAAGAGCUUCGCACUUUCCUCGAUGCUCGUUCCGAAGAAGACUUACUUACUGGCGUUCGAAGGGAAGCAGAUGAUGGAAGGCUUCCACAGACUGUUGCUCAAAGGAUGGAGGAAUUAUAUCAGAAUUAUCGAAAUGCAGUUUUUCAAAGUGGAGAUCCUAAAGCAGAUGAGAUUGUCUUAUCUAACAUGGCUGCUGCAUUUGACCGCAUUUUCCUUGAUGUAAAGGAUCCGUUUGAAUUCUCACCUCAUCACCAAGCCAUUCGAGAACCAUUUGACUACUACAUGUUUGUUCAAAAUUAUAUCCGCCCUUUAAUUGACUUCAGGAGGUCUUAUGUUGGCAAUAUAUCCCUUUUCAAUGAAAUGGAAGAGAAGCUUCAACAGGGUGAGAACAUAAUUUUGAUCUCUAAUCAUCAAACUGAAGCAGAUCCUGCAAUUAUUGCAUUGUUGCUGGAGUCAACACACCCACAUAUUGCUGAGAACAUGAUUUGUGUGGCAGGAGAUAGAGUCCUAGUUGAUCCUCUUUGCAAACCAUUCAGCAUGGGGAGGAAUCUCCUUUGUGUGUAUUCAAAGAAGCAUAUGUAUGAUGUUCCUGAACUUGUUGAGAUGAAAAAGAGAGCUAACACGAGAAGUUUGAAAGAGCUAGCUGUGCUUUUAAGGGGUGGAUCAAAAAUAGUAUGGAUUGCCGCAAGUGGUGGAAGAGACCGGCCAGACCCUAUAACGCAAGAAUGGUAUCCGGCACCAUUUGAUCCUUUCUCAGUGGACAAUAUGAGAAGGCUUGUAGAACAUGCUGUUUUUCCUGGGCAUAUAUAUCCAUUAGCACUACUAUGUUACAACAUUAUGCCUCCCCCGGCCCAGGUUGAGAAAGAAAUUGGAGAGAGAAGGGUUAUAUCCUUUCAUGGGGCUGGAUUAUCUGUGGGCCCAAAAGUUGAUUUCCACGUACUUACUGCUGCUUUUGAAGACCGUGAGGAGGCUAAGGUGGCGUACUCCAAUGUGCUAUUUGAUUCUGUGAACCAGCAAUAUGAUGUGCUAAAAUCUGCCAUUCAUGGGAAACAAGGGCUGAAGGCUUCUACCUCUACUGUAUCAUUGUCACAACCAUGGCUGUAGUUUAACAAUCUGCACCCUUUCUUUUACAAUGUGCGCAUUUUGAGGCCUUUCCAGGUAUUUGGUCUGGGUUCAAAUACCCAUCUCUCUUGGUGUACCAGCCCUUUUUUCAUUCUACUGACUUGUAGCAUGAUAAUGUUACAUGGUACAGUUUUUCUUUUGACAACACUGUACAGCUGCUCCACUUUGUCAGUAGAAAGAUGGUAAUGCGGCUUGGAUCGCCCACUACCCAUUCUAUCAACUUGCAAGUUCUCAAGCACAUUUCUCCUUACUUAGAUGUGCUCUUGUAGAAAGGCCUAAAUAGAUGAGAGCAAAUUGAAGUUUUGUCAAGCUUAGUUAGCAGUUUUGUUGUUGUAAAAAUCCAUACUAAAUCGCAAUUAGUGUAACAUUUUACUGGUAUCAGUGCGCAAUAUAUGAUACAUUCUACAUUUCUAUGAUC